GAUCAAGCUGCCAGAAGUAUCAAACGACAACUGUGUGCCGAAUUUCAACCUUUAUCGACCGCCGCCCAGCAGUACCCCGCCCCCCUCCCCAAGUGUCAGAAUGUCCGAGGGUAACGCCUCCCCCAUCCCGCUGCAGUUCGCCCCCUUCGGCAGCGCGCUGGACGCCGGCUUCUGGCACAAACUCACACAGAACAAGCUAGAAGUCUACAGGCUGGACGAUCGACCCAGGCCUAUCCAUGGCUUCUACUAUAACGGUGAUGCACCAGGCCUGCCCUGCAGGAUGAGCCUGGAGUUUAACGCUUUUGAUGAGAACUACAAGUCACCUCCAAGAUGUUGCCUAUCAUAUGGUACCCUGCAUAACAUGAACACCAUGGAGGCCUUCAAGGAAUCUGACAAGAAGGCUCUGAUAGAUGCCGUGGCACAGCAGAUCUGGUCAGACAUCACCAGUGGAGCUGCCCUACAGAACCCCUCCCUGUUGACUAGGUUUUUACUACUGACUUUUGCUGACCUGAAGAAGUACUAUUACUACUACUGGUUUGCCUUUCCUGCUCUGUGUUACCCUGACAACAUCACCAUGCCAACAGAACCUGUCACCAUCACGACAGCAUUUUCAGAAAAACAGAUCUCCAGUCUGCAGCAGUCCUAUGACAGCCUGUGUGAGGGAGGGCAGCAGGUCGCCUUCUUCCUGGUGAAGAGAGAAGGUGACGAGCUCACGGUUGGAAACCUCAGGGACUGGGAUGCUUUCUUUGGCAGCCAGAGGAAGGUGACAGUUGGGUUCUGUGACCCGUGUACUCUGGACAAACAUCCCGGCUGGCCUCUCAGGAACCUGCUGGCACUCAUAGCUUACAAGUGGAGUGAAAGAAUAGAUGAGCUAGAGAUUCUGUGUUUCCGAGACCGAGUGAGAGAAGGAGUGAGAGACUCGUCACACAGUCUAUUGUUGCAGGUCCACAUGCCUGCAGUGCAAAGUCCAACAGAGUGCCCAAAGUGUGUUGGAUGGGAGAAGAACCAAAAAGGCAAGCUCGGUCCCAGGAUGGUUAACCUGAGUGCCAGUAUGGACCCUACAAGACUAGCUGAGUCAGCUGUAGACUUGAACCUGAAGUUAAUGCGGUGGAGACUGCUGCCCUCGCUGGACCUGGACAGGAUCAGCAGCUUUAGAUGUCUGUUACUGGGGUCAGGAACUCUGGGCUGUAAUGUUGCAAGGUGCCUACUGGGUUGGGGAGUGCGUACCAUCACCCUGGUGGACAAUGCGAAGGUAUCGUACUCCAACCCUGUCCGCCAGUCUCUGUUUGAGUUUGAGGACUGCCUACAGGGAGGGAAGUCCAAGUCUGAGGCAGCUGCUGAGAAACUGAAGAGGAUAUUUCCUGGAGUGAAUGCGACAGGAGUGACCCUGUCCAUCCCCAUGCCCGGCCACCCAGUGGGCGAGUCUGUGGAGGCCGUGUCCCAGACCAGACAGGACGUGCAGCGGCUGGAGGAGCUGCUGGACUCCCAUGAUGCCGUGUUCCUGCUGAUGGACACCCGGGAGAGCAGGUGGCUGCCAACCGUCAUGGCCGCCAGCAGGGGGAAGCUGGUGAUCAAUGCAGCGCUUGGUUUUGACACGUACAUGGUGUGUCGACACGGGCUGAAGCGCCCCUUGUCUGACCAGGCGGAGGGAGGCAGCGACACGGACACGGCGCCCAUGCACAGCACCAUGGGAAGGGUCAUCCCAGGUCACAUGCUGGGGUGCUACUUCUGUAAUGAUGUGGUUGCACCUGGGAACUCGACCAGGGAUAGAACCCUGGACCAGCAGUGUACAGUGACCAGACCUGGUAUCUCCAUGGUGGCAGCAGCCAUGGCUGUGGAGCUACUGGUGUCCAUACUGCAGCAUCCAGAUGGUGGCCAUGCCUCUGCAGACACCACAGUGAAGGAUGACCACUUUUCAGCUGACUACACCUCACCACUGGGCCUGGUGCCACAUCAGUUGCGAGGGUUCCUGUCCAGGUUCCACACAGUCCUGCCUGCAAGCAUCAGGUUCAACAGAUGUACUGCCUGUUCUGAACUGGUCCUACAGAAAUACGAGAGUGAUGGUUUUGAGUUCCUGCUGGAGGCCUUCAACUCUCCGAGCUCGUACCUGGAGAACCUGACAGGCCUGACUCAGCUGCACCUGGAGACUCAGGAGGCAGAGAUCUGGGAGCUGAGUGACGAUGAAGACAUGAUGUAGAUAUAACGUUACUGUUUAUGUUAACAUAGACGUUGGAAAAAAAGACAUCAUAAUCACAGAUCUUGUCAUCAAUGAUAGGAAAGAAAGGAAUGUACAAGUUAGUCUAGUAGGAUACAUAGCCUGCUAUCUUCUAAAGGAAUAGAAAUAUGGUAUUCCAUAAAGUAUGAUACGAAUCUAUAUAAACACUGUUCAACAGUGAUAAAAAAGAAGGGCACACAUUCUGUCCUAGAUUAUCCUAGCAGUUACAUUCCAUGCUAAGGUACAAAAGUAAUUCUGGAAUUGUAACUGGUUUUAGAUAUGUAUAUAUAACUUUAUAUAAAGAGAUACAAAUGGUUAGUAAUUGUAAAGCUAAAUUAUUGGAGGGGGUCUAUAAAUUGUAUAAAGGAAGUCCCUUGACAAACAUGUACCUCUGCACCAUACCAGCGGGCAAGAGUUUCUGGAGGACUAGUCUUGCUACAACAUUA